AAAUUGGUAGACGCACCCCUACUUUGUGACAGAAUGUUUCUCGGGUAGACGCACCAUUAACUGAGGAACGAACGGAACGCGAACGCCUGACAACAACACCACACUCUUCUUGAGGGAGGCGACACUCCACGCACAAUCUCCACAGACCACACACACACACACACACCAGAUCGCUUUCCUGCUUGGGACCCAAGCCCGGAUCCUAGUGGCCCACCGGCCCUCCGGCCAGAUUGGGCGGCAGAUACUUGGAUGGCCGACGCCGGCUUGAACACGCCCCCGCCGCGGGGUCGGGGCGGUAUGAACCCCCCUACCGUUCCGCCGCCUCGAGCAGGCCGCGCGCCCCCACGCCAUCGGCAAUACUAUUACGGGCGAGGGGGGCCCCCGCCCCGCCCGGGGGGACCGCCCCCGGGUCGUGGACCCGCAGCCGGCCAACCUCCGCUCAGAGCCCAGGCUUGGGCCGCAUCCUAUCAUGGGCCGGCCAUCCGGCCAGCGGGGCGUGGUCGAGGUCAGGCGGGUGGGGGUGGGGCCCGGCCGCCCCCGCCUCCGCCUCCGCUCGUGCACCACUUUCAACCCGACGCGGCCCAAAAUGAGGUGUUCCUGAGCUUGAUGGCCGGCCCGGAGGGCGGUGUGGGACCGCUGGCCGUGUUCGAACAACGCCUAGCCGAUCAUUGGACCCGGUCCGACCAGCCGCACAGAGCGCUCUUGGCCUUUUUAACCCGUUGUCCGGACUUUAAACGCGGCAAAACCGGGCCCCACGAAUUGUCGGCUAAAUUGUUUACCGCCUUCACGAAAUGGCGUCCGGCUCCAUCCUCCUCCCAAGCCUUCGAUGAACUCACCCCGGAGUUUCAGUGGCAGGCGUGUGAGCAAUUCGUCCACGCCCGCCAUCUGCACCAUUUUGCCAUGGUCGUACGCUUGAUAUCCCCGCUCAAAGUGGAAUCCGCACGUUUGGCGUCCUUGGUGCAAGUCGAGGUGGAUCGACGCAACUAUUCGCGAGCGGCCGCCAUCGCCACCACGUUGGGGGUUCAAACGGCCUUUGAAUUCUGUGAUAUUUGCGUGCCAUGCUUACUAGAGAAUGCCAUCGAACGGGUAGAGGACUAUGUGGAACCCCAUCCGGAACUGCAGAUCCAGUUGGUCCAGUUUUUGGACGGGAUAACCACAAAUAAUGCGGCGCAAUUGUCGGCCUUAUGGCGCUCCUACCCGUGGAUUCAGACCAAAAGCCCGCGACUCUCGGGCAAAUCCUUGGGCAAGCUCAUCGAGAGGCUGCUCAAGAAGUUCGAGCUCGAUCCGAAGAUGGCGCCACUGCACACGAAAACCCGCACAUUCCUGGCAUUCCGAUAUCAAGUCUUGACCAAGAAUGAGCCCACCACGCGAUUGGAGAAUUGGCGCGAUCUGGUGGGCGAGUUCGUGGGCAAAGACCUGGAAUUGGCAUACACCCUCGUGAACCUUUUGACCAACGGCCGCUCGAUCGAUCCGGACUUCAAGGAGGCCCAGUUUUGGGCCAAUAAGCUCGAUCUCGAUCGAAGACGACUGCCCUACGGGAUCGAUGACGAUUUCGAGGAUCCUCUCUCUGGAAACGGGGAUGACGCGGAUGAGAAUUGGGAUGAGGACCAGAAUGGGGGCAAGUUUUACGCCCUGAGGCUGCCACGAGAACGCAUCCUCAUGAUCGAUACCCAACCCGCCUUUCGAGACUUUCUCGCCGUUUUGGCCGAAGAGACUGUGUCCGGAUACGAUUCGGAGACGUUGCCCAUGACCAGUGAUGGUGUGGCCUUGAUGCAAGUGGCCUUCCCCGAUCAAGUGUUCCUGUUGGAUGCCAAUGCCCUGAGCGGGAAGCUUUCACACGAAGACUGGACGGGAUUUGUCCAAGGAUACUUCAACAACCCGAACUUGCUGAAGCUCGGUUUUGGCUUGGCCCCAGACCUCAAGAACAUGGAGAGGUUCCACCCGGCCUUUGCCAAUCUCCGUCAGACGGCCAAGCGCGUUUUGGACUUGGACCCUCUUCACCGUCAGCUGUUCUUGGCCUCGAAUCAGGUUUUGAUUGCCAGCUACACAUCCGACAAUCGAGGGCUAUCCGGAUUCGUGGAGUCCAUCUUUGGCUUGCCUUUGGAUAAGCGCGAUCAGAUCUCGCAUUGGGAUAAGAGGCCCUUGUCAGAAUCGCAAACCAUUUAUGCCGCCUUGGAUGCCUUCGUUCUGUUGGAUCUGUACAACCAGAUAUUGGCCUUGUCUGAGGUCAGAGGCCAAAAAGACCAUGUCUACAAGGUCAUUGAAACCACAAUCAAGUUUGGGAACAAAUUGGAAAAAAACGAGAAGAAAUUGAAUUCGGCCGAGGAAAAGGCCAUGAGGAAAGAAAUGGCCAACCUUCGAUUGUCCCAGCCUGUUCAGCCCUUGAACAAAGAGCCCAUUUCCGUUCGAGACAUCCGCAUCGCCUGUGACGGAAUGCUUCAGGGAUUGUGCAAGAAGCUUCGCCUUCAUGGCAUUGACACGAGAACCAUAGAGAAUUUUGAGAGCACGGAACGCUUGGGCGAGAUCGCUCAGGAAGAGAAGCGGAUGAUCCUGACUCGUGGCGUCAAAUCAUUCGUCAAGCUCAAAAAGUUCGUGCCUCCCGGGUUCAUUUUGAUCAUCCAAGACGAUUUGUUGGACCACCAGGUGGAAGAGGUGCUCCACUAUUUCAAUAUCCGGAUGAGUCCAGACGAUUUCUUCUCAUGAUGUGUUCUUUGCAAUGGGUCAGAUUAUCUCACAAUUCCGUCCAGCAUUUUGAAAGAAAUCAAAGAAAACAUAUCCAAAGUCCAAUCGUCGUUGGUGUUCAACGCGGUCCCCCCUGAGGAGUACGAAAGCACCGACAGCUACUACGAUGGCUUCAGAGAUGACUUCAACGAAGAUGAUGAUGAUGAUGCAAAUGACUUCGUGCCUCGCAUUGAAGCAGAGCAUGUCCAGUGGGUGAAGUUAGAAGACGGAAAAUUAAUCAAUGGACAGAAUGGACAAACUGCUUCAGGGGUACCAUUGAAGAUCGGUGACGUCAUGGAUGAGGUCAUCCAGGCUCAAGACACCUUUUAUGCCUGCUCUCAAUGUGGGAAACUCUUUUGGAAAGGUUCUCAUUGGGACAAAGUGUUGAAUAAACGAACGAGAUAAAUUCGCCAA